AUGCGGUCCAUUGCCCUCUGGUCGGCCAUAUCCGCCGCAGUCGUCUCAGCAUCAGAAACCAAGACAACAGCUGAUUAUAUCCAAGUCCCAGCACCAUGGAGAGUCGGUCAUUGCAUCAAGGAAUACUGCAACUUCGCCAACCCCACCAUCGGCGAUGGCCUCGUCCUCAUCAGCAACCCCGGAAACAUCGACAUCCUCAACUCUUUCUCCGCCCUCACCAAGACCAACUCCGAGCCCCCUCCAUUCGAAGUUCAUGAAAUCCCCGGUAAAGGAAUCGGCCUAAUUGCCAACCGAACCAUCCAACGAGGCGAAGUAGUAAUGCAGUACACUCCCUCAUUAGUCGUCCAAUUCGGGCCACACAUCGACCUCCCCGCCUCAGACCGAGAAGCCUUCUACCAAGAUGCUGUCAACCAGCUGUCCGCCGCUCGGCAGGAAUUCUUCAUGGCGCAGUAUGGCAAAGACAUAUACACCAAGAUCGACCGAAACGCUUUCCGGAUGUUCAUCAACGGACAAAAUCCCUAUUCCGGUCAUCUCGGGGUGUUUCCGGAGGUGAGCAGGUUGAAUCAUGAUUGUAGACCGAACCUCAACUCCCGCAUCGAAAACAUUACCCACACCACCACCGCCGUCCGCCCCAUCCUUCCCGGCGAAGAACUGACAAUCUCCUACAUCGACGGCCUCCUCCCCCUUCACUCGCGCCAGGAGCGCUUGCAAGACUGGCGUUUCAACUGCACUUGCUCUCUGUGCUCCUCUUCUCCCUCGGAAAUCGCCGCUUCCGACGCGCGGAUCCAGGCCAUCAGAGACUUGGAAGAGGAACUUGACAAGGCCGUGGGCGGCGGGGAUCUCACCACCGAAAUGGGUGAGCGAUUGGUAAAGUUGUAUCGAGAGGAGAGACUGCAGACGUAUAUAGGGCAUGCGUACACCAAGGCGGCGCUGAUUUAUGCCAUGUUUGGGGUGGAAGGAAAGGCGAAAGAGUAUGCGGGCUUGGCGGCGGAUGCGAUGGCGAUGGAGUUGGGUGAGGAAGCGGGGGAUGUGGUGGCUAUGAGAGAGUUGGCGGAAAGGACGAGGGAGCAUUGGGCUUGGGAGGUUAGGAAGGCGAAAGUGGAGGAGAAAAACGACGAGGGGAAUGGGGUGCAGGAGGAGAAUAAGGAGAAGGCACAAGAGGAACAGGAUAGGGAAGGAGUGAAGGAUGAGCUUUGA